UUCUACCUUUUUGGAAUUUUUCUGCUGUUCUCUGCCCUCUAGGCGUCAGUUGCAGUUUAUUCGGCUUCCUCCGUGGCUCUGGCACUGUUUGAGCUAAUACGACAGGGUUCUCAUAAUUAAGUCACGGUUUUGGAAGCAUUUUAUCUGAGGUGGCUUUUUCUAACCUCCACAAUUCUUCACGACUCCUCAACUACUUGGCGGCUUCUUUCAUCGCGUAUCAUCGCACUGAUUGGUUGUUCCGGGCAUGGUAUGCGGACUACAGUGAUUGGUGAAUACUUGUGGAUAACAUCACCUGUACAACCUUCUACAUUCUACCGGGUGAACGCUGUCUGUUUGUUCCUGUUGUCAUUAUCACUAGAGCCUUAAGCUCUAUCUCCAACCUCAGUGAUCUUCAAGUGACAAUAACGUUUAGUCAUCCCCUCCAUCUACUUGCGCUCCGCUUGCCUGUUCGCUCAGCUGUGUGCGCGUGUUCAAGAUGCCACCCGUCAACUGUGGGCUCUGUUCUAGAUUUGUUGCAACCGAGGAUUUGUGUAGAUUAUGUGCUAUUGCUACCCAUGGAUUUCAUCGUGCGUGUCCGUUGAAACAGUUACGUGUUAAUACUCUUCCGGAUUUGAAAGUUAUAAUCUGUUUUGCGUGCGCUAAAAAUGCUGGCUUUACUUAUCAGACGCCGAGUGCCACAAUUGCUACGUCAUCCGCUGGUACUACGAAUAUUUGUGCGCAACUUGCUUCACUUAGUACUCUUGUGUCUAAUUUAAGCUCAAAAAUUAACGGCAUGGAUGUUGCUAUGCGAGAUGUCUCGCACAUUAAGAACAAACUAGCUGAUCUAGAUGAACUUAAGGUUGAUAUUCGUGGGUGUCUCAACAAGCUAAACUCCUUAUCGGAUAAAAUUGCUGCAGUUGAAGAGACAACUGCAAAUUUAACACGCGAACAGGGGGUGCUAGUGGAUCGCUUGGAAGCAUUUGAAACUCGUUGCUCUAAUCACGAUAAAGAAAUUACUGACAGAAUGCAUUCUUUGGAAACCCGGUUCUCUAAGCAUCCAUGCACUGCCUCGGAUAUCUCGAAUGUCGAAUCGGUCUCUCUUCUUCGGAAUUACGUAAUGCAGUCUUGACUUCAAAACGUCUUAAAGGUACUCUCACUGCGAAAGAAGUCAAUGCUUCAUUUUCUGACUCUCGUAUCUAUAUUAAUGAGUAUUUACCGUCUGAUCUCUAUAAACUUCUCCGUGCUACUCGGGAUGCUGCAAGAACCAAGAAUUACCAGUAUGUCUGGGUUCGUAAUGGUACUGUUACAGUUAAGAAAGACAAUAACUCGACUAUUAUUGAGAUCAACAACCUGGAGGACAUCGAGCGUUUACUGUGAAGUUCUGAAACUCCACCGCCAACAUCGUCUCAGCUUAUUCGUCCUGCCUACUCUCUAAAUAUCUGUCAUGUCAAUGCUCAGUCUAUUGCGGCUCAUUUUGACGAAUUCCUUAACUACUUCGGUAAUAGUCACUAUGAUUUAAUUUUGAUCU